AAUAAUAAAAAAACAGUCUUGUUACUGGGUAAAAGUGGAAUUGGUAAAAGUUCAGUAGGAAAUGUUCUAUUGGGUGAGAAGAAGUUUGCUGCCAGUAUGAUGGAAGAAAGAGGCACUAAAACAUGUCAAAUUGAGGAAUCAGACCAACUUCUAGUGGUAGAUACUCCUGGUUUCUUCAGCUCACUUCGUUCUGAUGUAGAUACUGCUAACGAUAUCAUCAGUACAAUAAAGAGAUUAACCUCGAUUCAUGUUUGUAUUCUGGUGCUGAGUGUUGACGACAGAUUUUCAGGAUCUGAAGACAAGGCUUGGGAAUUUGUCAGAUGUGUAUUUGGUGGAGAAAUAUCGGAUCAACUGAUGUAUAUUUUUACUGGUAAAGAUUCGCUAGAAGAUGAUGAC